GCCGAGUAAAAAAAGGUAUCAUUUGACCAUAACGUGCACUUUUGAAAAUCUGGAGCACUUCUCAUUUCUCUCCAAAAGUUUUACUUUUCCCACGUAUUUUGCAACCCGCCGCUGCCGUUGUUGUAUAUGCAUACAAGACCCGCCUGUAUUCGUCGUCUCCACUUCUCCGGUUGUUUUCCUCCCUGGUAGGAAUGUAUAUGGUGACCACACGGGAGCAGCUUUUACUGGUGGUUCUUUUGUUUGGCGCCACCGAUAUAUACCAGUCACUGAUUCCCUCUCAACAGGAUGUAAUGGAAGAUCUGAAGGGGAAUCUCACGAUUCCGCGCGAUUCGCCGCUGCAGAAUUGGUUUCACACGGAAGACAAGUGCAACUGGAUGAGUGUCAACUGCUCUUCCGAUUACGUUACGAAGAUCCGAAUCGGGAACCAGAGCCUCGGCGGCUCACUGCCGGCCACCCUCGGAUACCUCUCCCGCUUGACCACUCUCGAAGUGAUGGAUAACCACAUCGGCGGCCCGCUCCCCAAAUUUGCCCGAGAACUGGAUCAGCUUCAUACGCUCAACCUGUCCAACAACAAUUUCUCUUCGAUCCCGCCGGAAUUCUUUUCCGGUAUGACUUACUUGGCCACUGUUUCUUUAGACAACAACCCUUUUCUUCCCUGGAAUUUAUCUUCCGUCCCUCUUACCGAUUCUGAAAAUCUGGAGACAUUUUCCGCCGCCAAUUGCAGCCUUUACGGGACCUUACCGGCUUUCAGCGACCAGACAUUCACGAACUUGCACCACCUCAACUUCUCAAACAACAAUUUGACCGGCGAACUCCGCUCCAGCCUCUCAUCAGCCACUUCUCUUGUGACCCUUCGGGUGAAUGACCAAACCGGGUACGGAUUGGUUGGCAGCUUGGACUUUUUGCAGCGCAUGCCGGAUCUGACCCAGGUCUGGUUGCAGAACAACGCCUUCUCCGGCCAGAUUCCCGACGGGCUUCAGUCCUUGGAGGAUUUCCGCGCGAAUAAGAACCUGCUCACCGGCCCGGUCCCGGAUUCAAUGACGAAGACCACCACACUCCGGGUGGUGAAUCUGGGUAACAAUCUUUUGCAGGGUCCGCCACCGAGGUUCGGAAUUCAAGUGCAGGUGGAUUAUGGGAUGUACGCUAUGGAGAAUAACAGCUUCUGUUCGAGUAAUCCCGGCGACCGGUGUGACCCUCAGGUCGACAUUUUACUGGACAUAGCCAGUCAUUUCGGGUACCCUGUUCGGCUAGCAGGUUCUUGGAAGGGGAGCAAUAGUUGCAGCGUGAACCAGACAUGGGCGGGGGUAACCUGCGAUGGAGGAGGCGGAAACAUCACGGCUCUCAACUAUACACACUUCUGGCUCUCAGGGACAAUCUCGCCGGCGAUUUCAUCCCUCACAGAGCUGCGUAAUUUGAGUCUGGCGAAGAACAACCUGACUGGCCCUAUUCCUGAAGAGCUCUCAAGAUUGCCACAUCUUCAGAUGCUGGAUGUUUCUUACAAUGGCCUUUGUGGUAAUGUCCCUAACUCACUUAUCAAUGUCACAGUUUACACAGGAAAUGCCCUUAUCAACCAAGAUUGUCCUCGUUCUCCUCCUUCUGCUCUCCGCCGUAAUUCCUCUUACUCUCCACCGUAAUGAUCUGUAACUUCAUCUGUAAUUCAGACGUUUUUGUAUUCCCAUUUGAACCAUAUCCGGGGUCGUGGCGGGCAAUCCCGGAUAUCUGUUCCAUUUUAUAUGUCCAGUUACAUUUUAUGCUCUAGACUACUUGUGUAUCAACUCUCUUUGAACACAUCUAUGACUGCAGAAUAUAUUUUGGAUUUUUGAUUUAUGG